AUGUUUUAUGAGGACUACGGAGCGAAGCAGUCGUCGAUGCAUGGUCCUUCCAGUUCGCCUUUUCAUUCACAAACCUGUAAUGAGUAUAGUCCGCGUCGAAAUGACAUUUAUGCAGGAAGAAUUAAUGCAAAAGAAGAUGUGCUGGAGAGACUGAACACUUUCCUUGGCGCGAAGAAAAAGGAUUUUUCUACCGUUCCGUUGCAAUUUGUAACAGUGUUUCCGUACAUAGUUACACCGUCAUCGAUUGGCGACCUUCUGGUUUAUCCGGCAGAAAUUGCUAUCACUAAUUUCACGUUUGCAGAUGGAAGAAAUCCUCGUACUAUUUGGAAAAUGUUGAUGAAAAAAUGCGUCCCUAAUGGAAUAAUUGUUUGCGAUGCUGAUCAAAUGAUCAUUGUGGAUCGUGCAUUGGCUUUUCUGGCGAGUACGGUUGCACCUGGGGAAUUACGUUUAUACGAAGAAAUUAUGUCCCAGAUGAUCACAGCACAGGACCUUGUAGCUGCUCUUGACUUUCAUCGCUCUGUGGUAACAAAAACACCUAUUGCUGCUUAUCUAACGGCUGAAAAUAUCGACAAAGAGUUUAAGAAAUUAAGAGAGGCUUCGAAGUGGUGUGUUUAUCAUGAAAGCAAACCGCCAAGUCACGAAUCACGACAACAUUGCGCUGUUGCGAAGGCUUCCAUUCUCAUUGACGCAAUUUGCUCAUUGUGUUUCCGCGCUGAUUUGUUCAAUUUUGCCGAUCUUUACGAUGCCGAAGCAUAUUCGAUGAGCAAUGUUUGUGUUGAAUCCCCCGAUACCAAAAUUGGCUCUACCAAAUCAAAGCAUACGGGUAAUGUUUCGCUUAACAGAGUCGCUGAUUCCGAUCAUGACGCAAGGGAGAAUUUGCAAAGGAAUGCUUUCAUGCUUCGCUAUAAAGUCGGUUCGCUUGAGGAAGAUCCGUUUAUACGCCGUACGGAAGUGGAAGUCGAUCUAAAGGAUGCCAUCCCUCGUAUGGCACGGAUGUGCAUGAAUAUGGAUUAA